CAGGCUCGCCCGCAUUGUCAACAACAACGCCCACCGUUGCUCUUCGCGAGCUUCCUAGCCACCUCACCCUUCCAUGAUCGCUACUUGAUGGCGCGGCGAUGGCCACAACUACAGCACCCUUCCUCUACAGAGAGGCGCGACUGAACCUCGAUCCACCUUACGCCGGCUCUACCAUUGGCAUAACGCUCCCUCCUCACAACUCUUCGUUCCUGUCGCGGACCAAGGCCAAGCGCGUCGUCCUCACCGAAGACCUCACGAGCUCGGACGAGACUGCGUUUGCCAGACGUCAUCUAGCACCCAGCGAGGCGUCCAUAUUCUUCCGUCGCAAACAUCCGUAUCCUCGAAGCUUCCAAUGGCGCAUAUUGGACGACCGCAAGGUGCUGGAGCUGCGUUCAGUUGACCUUAGCAUUGACCGCCAGCACAAGGGUGAGGCUGUCUUGACGAUCCUGCUCAGCUUCCCGAACCCCAUCCGGCCAUUUGGCGUUGCUUUUGCGGAGCCCGACGAGCGCGAUGCGCUUAACAUUUUCGUUCUGACGACCGCGAACGAGCUUUAUACGCUGAACCUACACAAGGAGUUCUUCGUCCGCCCUGCGGCUACUGAGAUCGAUGUGGAGGACUGGUGCAAAACCUACUCUCCCUCGGCCUUCAGCUUCCGCUACCCAUACCGGAUUGUCGCGACGAGCGCGCAGGAGCUUUUGGUUUCGUUGCACGAUGGGGGCUUACUUCGUCUCACCAGGAAGGCUGCCGACGAUGGAUCACAGUGGCGCGAGACAUUCUUUACUGAGGGCGGCUGGGGUUCGACAUUCAAAAGUCUGAUUCCUUGGAAGGGCCAUAACACGGUGCGCUUCGGCAACCUCGAUUUGGAAGCGUCCACAGCAGCGUCCAUUGCGCUCUCUCCGGACAACCGUCAUAUAUACACUGUUUCCCUCAACCAUACGCUGAAAGCGUGGAAUCUAGAGACCGGCAGGGUUGGCGUCCACACAGACCUUCUGGGCGAAAAUGACAGGGAUCCCCAGAAAUUGCAGCAGUUUUACAUCGCCGCAGCGCAACCGCAUCUCAUGCAGGUAGUAAAUAUGGAAGUCCCGCAUGAUGGUGACGAGUAUUACGUCGCUACAUAUUCCCCAAAGAGGCACCAAUUCAAGUUCUGGGGUAUCAGGGACGCAGAUGACGCUGAACUGGGUAUCCACGAUGUUCACUCAGACUUCGCCUUCAUUCCACCGAUUGACGAGCUCAUGAACACGACCGUUUGGAAUAUGGAGGAGUUCUUCAUCAAAGCAACACCUGGGUGGAGAGAUUCCGAGGUUUGGAUACGUGUCAGGUCAGGACCUAACUGCAGGAUUUUCGGCCUCAAAUUCGAUCUCUUUGACUCUCAAGGCGAUCUUGCAGACAAGUGGAGGAACAACUGGGUCGCCGUUGACUCUGGCUCUCUUACUGCAGAAGCAUUAAAGUCAUCGAUAUCGUUCCCUAGCGAGCCGGACCCAGAGGACUCGUUGAUGCACUCUCGGAGUCUGUCGGAGGAAUGGCUCGAUUUUCUCUUCUACCCUGGGCGUUUCACGUCUGCCACGCUGGAAACCUCACUUUGCGUGUAUCGCAGAGGUGUUGGUGAGGGUGUUGCCCCAUUGGGUGCUGCAGGCGCGAGCAGCAAAGCGGCUCUCAAGGAACAAAUCUCCGCCGCUGUCGCAUCAAGGGUUUCAAUUAGGCGCCGCCCGGAUAGCGGCAUUGACCAUGACCAGCACGAACUCGACAUCGCUGCUCAAUGGCAAGUGUUCUAUGGCGUGGUUAGGGAUCUCCACAAGCGCAGAGGUGAGACAAUAGGCCUAGCGUUCGAUGCCGCUGAGGAUGCCCCUUGGAUACUACUUUCGGAUUAUGCCUCGCCUGUAAGGAAAUGCAGCGAGAUAGAACUCCUGCGCUUGAAUCACCAUGCCUUGAUAACCGAGGAGCCGCAGGCCGAAAGGCCUUUGUUCGAGACACUACGGGAUGACAUGUCUUUAGACGUCUCAAAGUUGCUCUAUGCAGCCUCGGAGUUCCGCCGCACUUUCCCCUCUUCAUUCAAGCACGAGCUCAGCCAGGCGGUUGCCUCGGAGGUUCUUCAGGAGCCCUCUUUCUCCGUCUUUGACCGCCUUCGGGCGUUUGAGGCGAGAUGCAAUCUUUGCGGUCAAGUGGGCGACGACGAAUUCGAGAAGCUGGAGGUUGUUUUGGAGGAGCUGGGCGGUUUCGCAGGAGUGAACUCCGGGCUUCUCCAAGCUGUGUUUGACCGACUCGGCGAGGACGAGCGGGGUCGCAAAAGAAAACGAGCCGUCACCGCAUAUGGAGCCAGAACUUUGAUCAGAGGCGUGCAAGAGACAUUGGAGCUGACCACGGACGUUCUUCUGGACCUCCUGGUACUUGUUGUCUUCAUGAGCCAGGAACUGGAUCCUGCCGAUGUGCCAUUCGAUUCUUGCGAUGUCUUCGCUGAGCUGGUCUCCAGACUGAAGGGGAUUACGAUUACACACUGGCUUGCUUCGACACUCCGGGCCGACCCGCCCAGGCGCAGACGGGGUUCGCUAUCAGAAUCAGAUCUCUCGCCCAGCAAGCAGGGUCUUUCCGAGACCAGUGCGCCGACAGUCACGAUGUUCGAAAGCCUCUUCAUCGGCGAUUGGUCCGACCUGUGUUUCCCUGAGGAACCGCAGUCAUCACGCAUCACAUAUUCAAUCCGUGCCUGGAUAUUCUGCUUACCACUUCCCGAGAACUACGACUUCUUCGCUGCCGGUGUCAUGAGUAACCUGCUCAAGUACGAAAACCUCGAUUUAGCUACCAAUUUUUUGCCAUUCCUGCCGCAGUCUCCUUGGGCGACGUACCUCAGGGCUAGGUAUUAUUUGGCAAUCGGUGACUACAUGCUGGCUGGCACUUACUUCAAGAAAGCUGCCUUCGGUUCUGGAUACUUUGACAUACAUUACAACGAUACCUACGGCUACCUGUCUCCUGACGAGAGGGAAUACUUUUCAGAUGGUCUCGCCAGGUACUACCAGCAUGUCAUGAACUUGUUCGACAGAGCCAAGGUGUAUUCGUCUGUCGUCGAGUUUGGACGGCUGGCCUUGCAGUCCUUUGGCGUCAACAUCAAAAAGGAUCCGACCAUCAAAACGGAGGUACUCUCGCGCCUCUUCAACGCCCUAAUUCAAACCUCGAGGUUCCGAGAGGCACACACGGCGCUCACGCGGUACUCGAACGCCAUCCUCCGCAAAGCCGCACUCACAAGCCUCGUCAAGACCAUGGUCGUCCAGUCGCGCACCGCCGACUUGAUCGCCCUCCCCUUCGCCUCUCUCCACAGCGACGUCGACGCCAUCCUCGCCCAACUCUGCAAAGACACGCUCAACGUCGCGACGGGGCCGCCCUACCACAAGGUGCUAUACAGCUACCGCAUCGCGCGCAACGACUUCCGCGGCGCAGCCAGCAUUUUGUACGAGCGCCUGCAGCGGCUGCACGCCAGCAGCAUUGCGAUGCGCGACCCCAAGGACGACAGCCUCUCGCACGGCUACCUGCUGCUCAUCAACACGCUGGCAUCCGUCUCGCCCGACGAAGCGUACAUCCUGGCCGAGGCACGUGUGGACGACCCCGCUGCGGCGGCAGCGCAUAAGCUUGGCCAGCAGGCCGCGGUGCCUGCGCCACAGGUGCUCAAACGCCGCAUCCUUACGCUGGAGGACGUGCGCAGGGAGUACCAGACGCACCUGGACCGGGUGGAGGCGAUGGAGACGGGCAGGUUUGCGUUUGGCGCCGCCGAGGAGAUGGAUAUUGUGUAGACGGCGCGGCGCGGCGGGGUGGGGGCGAGGUGGUGCGGGGCUGUGUGAGAGGCGCGAUAUGGUGGUGGGUUCAUUAGCGCGGAGUUCUACCUAUUUGUUUGAUGUUUUUUCGCUAUCUUGAGCGAGGACGGGCGGGCGGGUCGGUUGAUGUGGGUGUAGGAUAGGCGGGCUUUUGAGAGCCCGGCUGCUAUGUCUGAAAUAUACGCGGUUCUGGAUCGUGGUGUGAUGGCUUGGUGUGCUUGUUUUUGUGGUUGUGUGGGUGGGUGGUGCUGGUGUGGAUUGUGUCUGGGUUGGGAUUUGGGGCUGAUGUUCGCUGCAG